GCUCGAGCCGCCGAGCAGUGCGGGCGCCGCCGCCGCGGCUGCCACCCCCGCUUCCACCACGUGCCGUGCCGAUGUCGCCCCGCCGGGAGGGCGGCGUUGGAGUCGCCGUACUGCUAGCACUGCCACUGCUGCUGCUGCUGCUGUUGCUGCCCAUUGCCAGAGGAGCCGGCAUUCAAUGCUACCGGUGCACAUACAAGAGCAUCUCGGCGCGACGUAACCGCACCGACCCCAUCUUCCCGUGCGCCUCGUUCGACGGACACAGUAAAUACGUGGUCACCUGCCCAAAGUCGACCAUGUGCGAGAUGAAGACGUUCAUUCUCGACCUGCCGAACGGAGAGAUUAUAACGACGACCACGCGCGACUGCGCGCACCAGAGCGUCACCUACCGCCGGUUCACGCCCAGCAAGGGCUGGCACGAGGUGACCGACAUCUUCGAGGACGCGCACGCCGAGGGCUGCCAGCUGGUGGAGCACACGGACGGCAUCAAGGUCACCCGGACCGAGCACUGCUUCUGCAGCGACGACCGCUGUAACGGCCGGCUGAGGUACGAGCUGACCGGCGGCGCAGACGCGGUGCGGUGGAGCGCCGCGGCCGCCGCCGUCUCGGCGCUGCUGCUGCUCGCCGCACGGUGACCGACCGCAGCGACAUCUGUCGGGCUGACGCCAGCGCCGCCACGCGGCCGCCCGACGAAACAGAGAGUCGCGCGUUGUAGCGCGUACCGUGCGGCCCCGAGUGACGACACUGGACGAGUACUGGUCGCGGGAUGCUUCAGAGGCUGUCUGUGGUGUGUUGGUCGGAUCAGGCGCGCCAAAUUUCGCGCGUCGAUGUGAUAUAGCCCGGAUCUCAGCUGGUCUGUCAGCGGGCCGCUCGUGUUUAGUUGAGUUGUAUUGUUUUCGCGCGCUCAGCACCGGCCAUAAGACCGUGACCAUUUGUUGAUAAUGAUCUUAGCGUAGAGCAUGCAGAGUGUUUACACCCUCCCCGGGUGCCGAACGCAUCCCACCAGCAGUCUGUCCAUGUUGUGUUAUCAGUUCGUGCUGUUUUCCGUUUUGGCUCACGAACUCGGCACAAAAACACACCCGAACGGUGUUAGGUUUAAUCAAUUCAGGCAGGAGCUAAAUGGGCAUAAUCGAAACGACUUGUCAGCCGUGAAGGCACGCGCCACGAGCGCUCGCUCGCGUGACCUGUGGGGGCGACUGAACGGGAGCGAUCGGAACUGGGUAUGGUGGGGUGUUUGGGGGGGGGGGGUGCACUGGAGCGGUCCCGCCCUGCACGUGGGGACGACGCCAGCGGUCCCAACCGUGGGCCGGUGGUGCAACAGUGCUGGUUAUCAGCUGUGAAGCGUGUCCAUAACGACGAACAGAGAGAUAUGGGGUAUGACUGGUGUUAAAUGACAAUAUGUGAGAGCACGAGUGGUUAGUGGUUAACAUAAUAUACAUAUGCACCUGUGAUGACACUGAAUGAAAAUAAACACUGGUAUCAAUUCCAGAAAUCAUUAAA